AUGGACCAGAAAACCCCUCUCCAAACCCACCCAGAAGCCUCACCAAAACCCAACAAGAAAAGCUUCGUCACCACUUUCAUGGAAGCCACCACUCUCCGCACCCCAUCUUUCAAAGAGGACACGUACUUCGUCUCACAGCUAAAAUCCUCAGAGAAGAAAGCGCUUCAAGAGCUCAAGGACAAGCUCAUGGGCUCUGAAGCCUCCGACGGGUCCAUGUGGGGAGUUCCCCUGUUGGGCAACGACGAAAAGGCCGAUGUGAUUCUCUUGAAGUUUCUCAGAGCCAGAGACUUCAGGGUCCCUGACGCUUUCGCCAUGCUGCUCAAGUGCCUGGCUUGGAGAAAAGAGUUUGGAGCAGACGGCGUCGUUGAGGAGGACCUGGGGUUCAAGGAGCUUGAAGGAGUUGUGGCUUAUAUGCACGGCUUUGACAAACAGGGCCACCCUGUUUGCUACAACGCCUAUGGAGUUUUCAAGGACAGAGAUAUGUACGAGAGAAUUUUUGGGGAUGACGAGAAGCUCAAGAAGUUUCUGAGGUGGAGAGUUCAGGUUCUUGAGAGGGGCAUCAACGCCUUGCAUUUUAAGCCUGGUGGGAUUAACUCCAUCAUCCAAGUCACCGAUCUCAAAGACAUGCCCAAAAGAGAGCUCAGGGUUGCCUCUAACCAGAUCCUCUCUCUGUUUCAAGACAACUACCCUGAAAUGGUUGCUCGCAAGAUUUUCAUCAAUGUGCCGUGGUACUUCAGCGCGUUGUAUUCUAUCUUCAGUCCGUUUCUGACCCAACGAACUAAGAGCAAGUUUGUGAUAUCUAAGGAAGGAAAUGUGGCAGAAACACUAUACAAGUUUAUAAGGCCUGAGGACGUUCCAGUUCAGUAUGGUGGCCUGAGUCGUCUCAGUGAUCUGCAAAAUGGUCCCCCAAAACCAGCUUCCGAGUUCACUGUCAAAGGAGGAGAGAAAGUGAACAUACAGAUCGAGGGGAUUGAGGCUGAUGCUACAAUAACAUGGGAUAUAGUAGUUGGAGGGUGGGACUUGGAGUACAGUGCAGAGUUUGUGCCCAAUGCAGAAGGCAGCUACAUAAUCCAAGUGGACAAGCCAAGAAAGGUGAUGCCCUCUGAAGAAGCAAUCCACAACUCCUUCACUCCUCGUGAAGCAGGCAAGAUGGUUUUCUCGGUUGACAACAGUGCCUCCCGCAGGAAAAAGGUCGCUGCCUAUCGUUACAUUGUCCGCAAAUCAGCCUCUAUCUAA